UUACGAGUGAAUAACCUGUAAUAACUCUGCGACACUCGUGUCAACUCGUGUCAACUCGUGUAGUAACCCUAACCUAACCUGUGCAAAUGGACAACUUGGCCGACAACGUAGCUAGAUUGUGCGUAGAAAAGUACACUCUUCUAAGAGAGGCGAGCAAACCGAAUGCUCGUGAAUGGACCGUGUUGUCUGGCGUCGUAAUGAGAAAUGCUGACGGCGUAUUGUCCGUGGUGGCACUCGCUACUGGAACGAAAUGCUUAGGAGACUCGGAAUUGCUAAAGAGCACUCGAGAAGAGGCAGGCUCUCGAUUGAGCGAUUCGCACGCGGAGGUUCUAGCCAGGCGUGCGUUUAUACGUUACUUGUACGAUCAGACCGACUUGACUUUGAGUGGCCGCGAGAGCGCAAUUUUCUCACGGACCGAUCGAGAGAAACUAGAUUUAAAUAACGAGGUGUCGUUUCACUUUUUCUCGAGUCAAACACCUUGUGGAGAUUGUUCCAUUCUGCCGAAACGGAAAACGGACAACGACCAUGAGCGAUGUAAGAUUAGACGCGUCGAUACCAAUAUAAUAACAUCGCAAGAUGUAUACAGAACAGGAGCGAAAUGCGUGAGAGAGGAGCGAGCGCAGGAUCCUCGUUUGCCUGGUGCAGAUUAUCAUGUCGUAGGCCCUCUGCGCACCAAGCCUGGUAGAGGAGAUCCGACGAGCAGUUUGUCUUGUUCGGAUAAGAUGGCAAAGUGGCUCGUUCUCGGCCUACAAGGAUCACUCCUGUCCUUAAUAAUACCACCGAUCAAGUUGUCAAGUGUCACCAUCGGAGGCGACUGUCCGUUCUCUCUGGAUGCCAUGGAACGUGGAUUAUACAAGAGAUUUAAUACAAAGUUGGCUAGACUUGACAUUUUUCAAGCGAAAACUGCUUUUGCGCACAAAAAGGGACAAGAAAGAUCAUAUCCCUGCCCAGUAAGCAUCAUAUGGUGUGCGGCAAGGCACAGUCCAUUAGAAUUAGCAGUUGCGGGCAGAAAGCAAGGGCUGACGAAGAAGAGGCGAGGUAAUAAUUUAUUACUCGUGACUCGGCGAAUGCUCUUGCAAAGUUUUUUGCAAAUCUUCGACAAACAUCGCAAUUACUACGGUGAAAUAAGACAUCCGAAAAAGAUGACGUAUUACGAUUGGAAACAAUGGUCGAUAACCUAUCAAAACAAAUGGAAACAAUUGAAAUGUGAAUCCUUUCUUAAUUGGCCAUGUAAAUCGAUACAUUUGCAAAGAUUUGCAUUAUAAGAUUUCCCAUACUGGAAAUAAACUCAAUUUUAUUUGCGACAGC